AUGACGGUCGUGGAUAUUAACAAAGAUUUAGAAAGUUCGGGAUAUCCAUUUUUAGUGGUGAAGGGUACACCAUACGAACGUGGUUGGCAACAUGGUCAGGCUAUGAGACACAAAAUUGCACAACUGGGCCAGCACUAUCGAGCAUCGGAUACCCUUCCACCAUGGGAUUGGUGUAAAAAUAUCAUUGAUAACUGCUAUUUGCCAGCAUUGGCUGAGUAUGACCCAUUUGCAAUGGAGGAGAUUAAGGGUAUUUCGGAAGGGUCCGGCGUUGCACUUGAUAUUAUAAUGUUGAUCAAUGCAAGAUAUGAUUUGACCAAAUAUAAGAACAAUGACCAAUUUUCCAAGUUUGCGGAAGCUGCUUCAGAUGAAUGUACUGUUGGUACAUUAAUUGAUGAGGGUUCUGUUAAAAUGGUCCAAAACUGGGACCUUGACGACUAUGUGUAUAAGAAUGACCUGUGUAUUAUCCUAGAAGCACACACUAGUCCCCAAGAAAAAUUGCCAAAAUGUAUUCUCACUCUUGGUGAAGUUGGUCAACUUGGUAGAUCCGGUAUGAACUCUAAGGGUUUAGGUCUGUGUGCCAGUGCCCUGAAUACCACGUCCGAUUUCUUUGCAUUCCCAACGAACUUUCAGGACAAAGAGCAGGUUAAGGAGAUCGAAAAGAAAUAUGGCAUCCAAUUGCCAGUGAUUCCAAUUUCAUUUGCUAGAAGGAAAUAUCUAAGCUGUCAUUCGUAUGCAAAUGGUUUGAAAUAUAUUGUUAGAGCCCCAAGACAUGUCUCUGGAAACAUCAUGGUUGCUACACGGGAAGCUCUUUCUAUUGAUUUCGAGUUGACUUCAACAGCUUAUCAAAUGAUCAACCCAACAUAUGUGGAUUCCAAAACCGGUUCUGAAGUACUACCUUGCUCUGACGCUAGAGCAAUAUUGACUCAUUCGAAUCAUUUCUUAAUGCCAAGAUAUGGGCCAUCUGGUGAAUACGUUCAAUGUAAGAACCCUGGGGGCUCUUCAUUUUAUAGACAUAAUCUAUUGACCAAGAGAUUUGUGGAUGUUAUCAAAUCUACUCCAGUCAAAAAAGGUAUAUCUGUGGACGCUGUCCGUGAAGCUGUCAGUGACACAACUUGUUCUCCAAACAGUUUGUCGGAAUCACCAAAUCCAAGGUGUGAGACGUCAUUCGACGAGCCAGAAGAAAUACUUAUGACUGUAGCCACAGCAAUAUAUGAUUUAACUAAUGGGGUUGCCACCUUUUGUAAAGGGCCUCCUCAUCUUGCUAGAAAUUGGAGAAAGGUUCAUAUUUCAAUGGAAUAA